AUGCAAGUCCAACUUGCCCACACUCUCAAGAUCUCAGGAAUUAACAUGAUUAAAGGCAAUACAGUAGCUUGGGCGAGGCGAGAUCCAGAAUUGAUAUCACAGCUAAAGACCGGCUACCCUCGAUUCUUCGUACCACUUGUCGUCGGCAAGCUCGCAGAAAAGUUACUCCAAUGGUCCGCCUACGAAUCGAACCUAGAUGAGCUCCCGUCCGAGUUAAGAACUCUGUUAGCCGCUCCUGGACGUUCAGCGAUGCUUCUAUCAGCAGGCCAUCAUGCUAAGAUGUGUCAGAAAUAUCUUAACGCCCAAAACAAGGGAGCCGUAUUUGCUCUGCGAGCCGAUUUUAACAAAGGUGUCUACCUUGCAGAGACUGUAUACAAGAAGUGCGCACUUGAUGAGAUGUAUGCAGUCGUAUAUCCUCGAGAACUGGCUACGGAAGCUAAAGCAUUUUGGCAACAUACCGGUUUUGGAGUCUCGAGCCGACGAGCGACACACUGGCUGGAAAGCGCCCCAGUCUUGAACCGGGAUAAUAAACCACCUACACGCCAUCUCCAAAACGAAGAGGCCGCAGAUACCAAGGUUCUGGUUCAAAAACGAAUAGCCCGCUUGUUCAGCACCGAGACUAACAACUUGGAUGUGGAUGAUGUUUUCUUGUACCCAAGUGGCAUGUCGUCAAUAAGCCAUACUGCCGACACUAUUGCACAUCUGACAACAGAUAUGAAGAGGACUGUCGCAAUUUUCGGAUUCCUCUAUGUUGACACUUUCAAAGUCCUUAGCAAGAUCUACGAGUUCGACUGCAAGCUCUACGGUGCUACGCCGUCCGACCUGGAUGCUCUUGAGGCCGAUCUGGCUGAAGGACUACAGCUGAGUGCUCUCUUCACCGAGUUCCCAGGCAACCCUCUUCUCGGCUCAGUAGAUCUCGAGCGUCUGAAGAAGCUCGCUAUCGACUAUGAGUUUUUGUUCGUAGUGGAUGAUACCGUUGCUACAUCAGUCAAUGUCGAGCUCAUAUCGUACUGUGAUGUCGUAUGUACAAGCCUGACAAAGAUGUUCAGCGGUGGCUGCAAUGUUAUGGGUGGAAGCAUAGCGCUUAACCCCCAAUCCAGACUUUUCCCAACCAUGAAGCGGCUUCUAAAGGAUGAAUUUGUCGAUACAUACUUCCAUCCGGACGCAGUAGUGAUGGAGAAGAACAGCGCGGAUUUUGAAGAGCGAGUCGUUACUGCAAGCGAAAACGCAGAGCGGAUAGCCGCAAUGAUUCGAAACCAUGAAUCGGUCGAACAAGUUUACUAUCCGAAGGGCAAUUCGACACAGGAUAUCUACGAAAAAUACAAGCGACCAGAGAGGGGAUACGGGUAUCUUCUCUCCAUUCGUUUCAAGACACCAGAAGCUGCUAUAGCGUUUCACGAUGCGCUAGAUGUGGCCAAGGGUCCAAGCCUGGGAACCAACUUCACUCUCUGCUGUGCGUAUACGCUCUUCGCCCACUUUUCUGAGCUUGAUUGGGCAGAAAAGUAUGGAGUAGUCGAGCACUUGGUUCGGGUCAGCGUCGGUAUCGAAAGUCAAGAGACUUUGGACGGACUUGUUAGGACAGCAUUGAGUGCAGCGUCACGGGCGGAACAGGAGUAUGGCUACAUCGGUGCUCAAGACACAAUCAUGCGUCUCCUACCGCACUUUGUCAACCUAUCCCUCGUGCUCGCGUGUGCCCGUGUUGUUUACAAAACUAGUGGUCAAGACAACACGACUUACAUCACCGGCCGUACUGUCGAUUACGCCCCAGACAACGACUUGACCUUCUGGAUCUUCCCAGCUGGCAUAAGUCGCCAUGGCGGUAUCAAAAGACACCCGUUAGAGUGGAAGUCCCGUUAUGCUUCCACCAUGGCUGUCAUGUUCAACAAGAUCUCGGUUGAGGGAACAAACGAAAAAGGUCUAUCAGGAAGUUCCCUGUUCCUCGGGGAAAGCAGCUAUGGUAAACGCGAUGGGCGGGAUGGUAUCUCGGCUGGUGUGUGGCUGCAGUAUUACCUCGACAACUAUAAAAGUGUCGAGGAGGUAGCCAGGAACCACUGUCCCAAGAGGUGGAGGGAAAAGCGCAAACCCCAAAUUGUCAGGGAGAACCCCGUAGGAGGCAUCCAAACCAAGCUGCAUGUUGCUCUCUCAGAUCUCAAUGGCGAGUAUCUCAUCAUGGAACAUACCAGUCCUGAAAUGCGACUCAAAUGCUAUCGUUCAAAGGAGUACGACGUUGUCGCCGGUGAUACAUAUCACAUGAAGCGAGCGAGGAGUAAGGAUAGGAUAUGGAAGGAAAUCGAUGGAAGACCCAGUGGACAGUGGCCCAUGCCUUUUGAGAGAUAUGAUCGCCUCUUCUUCUACAACUAUCACAUCCAAGCAUCCGACGAUUUUGCUUCUGCCCUUGCCACCACCAUGGGAAUGAUACGCGGCGUCAUGAUCCCCCGGAUUAAGAUCAAACCGCAAGACAACAGGGAUCGUGAUCUAUGGCCCACACAAUGGAUGAUGUAUAUGGAUACGUCACAUGGCUUCGUAUAUUUUGAGAGUGCCAUAACUCCCUUGAGCUUUAACUACAAACUCUCGAAUUUCAAACUGUCUGAAGGCUCUGAUAUCAAGCUUCUUAGGGUGAGGGAUCAAACGUGGAAUUGGCAGAACGGAACAGGUGACGUGACACAAGAGUUUCGGACAAGAGGAGCAAGCGAUCAUGUUCCCUUCAUGGCCGAUAAUUUUAUAGCGUCUUGA